AUGGAGGCUCUUAAAAUGAUCUCCCAAGCUCUUUGGUUUGCCAUCAUAUUAGUUUUUGGCACUUUUUUCUUCUUGUUUUGGAGAGUAGCCCAUUCUUGGUGGGUAUCUCCAAAUCGGGUUUACCGUAAUCUUAGAGAAAACGGGUUCGGUGGUCCGACGCCGAGUUUCCCAUUAGGCAAUGCAAGUGAGAUGAGAAGAAAGAGUUCGAGCAAUAAUGAAGCUGAAGUGGUACCAUCAAAAAAUAUCAUCAGCCAUGACUUGCACUCUACUGUAUUCCCUCACUUUGCACUGUGGCGAAAGAUCUAUGGGAAAGUAUUCGUAUAUUGGCUUGGCACGGAACCUUUUCUGUACGUAGCAGAUCCUGAAUUUUUAAGAAGAAUAUCAGUUGGAGUAGUGGGAAAGAGUUGGGGAAAGCCCAAUGUAUUUAGAAAAGAUAGAGAACCUAUGUUUGGGAACAAUAGUUUGACUAUGGUUGAAGGUGACGACUGGGUUCGCCAUCGACGUGCCAUUACUCCUGCGUUUUCGAAAACAAACUUGGAGGCUAUGGCGUGGUCAAUGAUAGAGUCAACCAACAACAUGUUAGACAGGUGGACUACUCUGGUGAAUUCAAAUAAGCCAUUUGAAAUAGAUGCAGAGCGAGAACUGACAGCCAUAACUGGAGAAAUCAUAGCCAAAAUAAGCUUUGGAAUAAGCUACGAAAAUGGGCAGAAAGUGUUUGAUAAACUAAAAGCCCUACAAGUUGCACUCUUCAAGUCAAAUCGCUUAGUGGGGGUUCCUUUUAGUGAGUUAUUUAUGGACCGAAAACAAACUCUUAAAGCCCGAAAUCUCGGGAAAGAAAUAGACCAAAUCCUCCUAUCAAUCAUAACCGCUCGAAGAAAAUCCAUAAAGGAAAAUAAUUGCCAAGGAGACUUGUUGGGUUUAUUGCUUAAAGCAAACGAAGAAAAUGGUGAGAAGGGAAAGAUGUUGACGGUUAGGGAAUUAAUCGAUGAGUCGAAGACUUUUUUCUUUGGCGGCCAUGAUACCACCGCGCUGGCUUUGACUUGGACGCUAUUGCUUUUGGCUUUGAAUCAAGAUUGGCAAACUCAGUUGAGAGAAGAAAUUAGGGAUGUGAUUGGAGAUGAAGUUAAUUUCACCUGCAUUGCUGGUCUAAAAAAGAUGGGAUGGGUAAUGAACGAGGUUAUCCGACUAUACUCACCGGCACCUAAUAUACAAAGGCAAACUAGAGAAGACAUAAAAGUAAUAGACAAAAACAUGGUAAUCCCCAAAGGAACAAACAUAUGGAUUGACGUUGUGGGAAUGAACCAUGAUCCUUCUCUUUGGGGAAAUGACGUCAAUGACUUCAAACCUGAGAGGUUCCAAAACGACGUAGUUUAUGGUGGCUGCAGCCACAAGAUGGGUUUUCUACCGUUUGGAUUUGGAGGAAGAAUGUGUGUGGGCAGAAACUUGAGCACGCUCGAGUAUAAAAUUAUCCUAGCCUUAAUCCUCACUAGGUUUUCCUUUACCUUGUCGCCAAACUACCGUCAUUCACCUUCUACCCUACUUACUUUGCGGCCUACUUAUGGAUUGCCUCUUGUAAUGCAACCCAUUAUAUAA